AAACACACACACACGCAGAAGAAAAAUCCGGGUCACUCUCUCAUCUUCUUCUCUCUACUGUGUUUUCUCUCUCUAAAAAGCAUCCAAAUUUCCCCCCAAAUUCCAGCACCCUUUAGCCAGAAGACCACAUUUUUGGAUUUAGCAAUGAGCGAUCUUCCGUUCAGGCCUGAUUUCGUAGCCUGAGGCUCCAUAAUUCAGUUCAGUUUCUUGAGUUUUGGUGGAAUCUGGGAAAUGCUGGAAGCAGUAAAGAGCAAUGGCGGAUUUUCUUCACACUCUUCGCAGUUACUUAGCUGUGGGGAGAGUAGCGAAGAGGAGCUCUCCGUUCUGCCCCGCCACACAAAGGUUGUGGUGACUGGUAACAACCGUACUAAGUCUGUGUUGGUUGGUCUUCAGGGCGUCGUCAAGAAAGCUGUGGGCCUUGGUGGAUGGCAUUGGCUGGUUCUCACAAAUGGGAUCGAGGUAAAGUUACAAAGAAAUGCCUUAAGCGUCAUCGAAGCUCCAACCGGGAACGAAGAAGACGACAACCUUGAAUUUGAGCAUGUGCAGUGGAACAGCUCGGAUACGGCAUUUGAUGAUGCUCAAAAGUCGCAUAAAUCGAGGCACCGUAUGCACAAGUCAUUCACGCCAUCUAACAAGACUCUUAGCCGGUCCCUCUCUUGUGAUGACUCACAGUCUAAAGAUUCCGUUUCUACGCAGAAAGGGUCUGCGAAGGUGGACCUCAGCAAACUUGAGAUGACGGCACUUUGGAGAUAUUUGCUCCACUUUAACCUUGUGGAUGCUGUCCCUAAUCCUUCUAAGGAGCAGCUCAUUGAUGUCGUCCAGAGGCAUUUCGUCUCACAGCAAUUGGAUGAGUCGCAGGUCAUUGCGGGGUUCGUGCAGGCUGCCAAGAGACUCAAGACCGUUUGCAAAUAACUUUCCAGAGAUCAGACAAUCUCUUUGUGAUUCACUCCUGACUCUAACCAGUUCCCAUCUGCUACAUUUCAAUCUGUAUGUACAUGUAUCCUUUGAGACCAUCAGUUUGGUUGAGGAGGUGUAGGUGUUAUGUAGAUAUAACGUAAACCGGUGGACUGACCGACCCACCAACCGACGUAGUCCUAACAGGCCAUCCUUGGCCAAAACUUUGGCUGAAUGUUUUUUGUGUUAACUGCAAGGGACUUUCCUUGAAAAUGUAUAGUCCUGUUUAACGAAUGCUUGAAUGAUCAUUAACCAGGCGAACAUGAGGAUUUGUGUGUUCCUUAGUAUGUUUAAA